AUGUGGAUGAUUACAGAGAAGAACCAAAGCUGGGUUUCUGAGUUUAUCCUGCUUGGCUUCUCCAGUGACCCCACGACCAAGAGCAUCCUCUUCAUUGUGUUCCUUCUCAUCUACCUAUGCUCAGUCCUGGGCAAUGGGCUCAUCAUCAUGCUGAUCUGCCUGGACACACAGCUGCACACUCCCAUGUACUUCUUCCUCUGUAUACUUGCCCUGUUGGAUAUGUGCUAUGUCACCACCACCAUGCCCCAGAUGUUGGUGCAUCUUGUUGCUCAAUCUCAGACCAUCUCCUUUGCUGGAUGCUGGCUGCAGAUGUAUGUGUUUGGUUCUCUGGCUGCUACUGAAUGUACCUUGUUUGUUGUCAUGGCUUAUGACAGAUAUGUGGCUAUUUGCUACCCACUGCGUUAUACUGUUAUCCUCAACUGGGGACUGUGCAUUCGGUUGGCAGCUGGGUCUUGUGCCUGUGGUUUUCUCUCUCUUUUGUUACAUACUUUCUUCACCAUGAGUCUGCCAUAUUGUGGGCCCAACAAGGUGAACCACUACUUCUGUGAGGGCCCUGCAGUACGUAGCCUGGCUUGUAUGGAUACCCACAUCAUUGAGAUGGUAGACCAGCUCUUGUGUGUUUUUAUGGGUAUUAUUCCAAUUUCCCUCAUUGUGGCCUCCUAUGUUCAUAUUGCCAUGGCAAUUAUGGAGAUCAAGUCCACCCAGGGCCGCUGUAAGGCUUUUUCUACCUGUGCCUCCCACCUGACUGUGGUCACACUCUUCUAUGUUCCAUCCACUUACAUCUACAUUAGGCCCAACUCGAGCUACUCCCCUGAGCGAGACAAGCAGGUCUCACUCUUUUACAAUGCCUUCACAGCUUUGCUCAACCCCGUGGUCUACAGUCUGAGAAACAAAGACAUCAAGAGGGCAUUUCUCAAGGUGAUGGGCAUGGUAGGGUAGAUUAGUCACCCACAAUCCAGGGGAAGUUGGAGUGAUUAUCCCUUUUUGGUAAAGGGACAACAUCUUUAUUUAAUUAGUGUCCUAUGCAUUUGACCAACAUAGCACUUGAUAACUAGGUCAAUCCACUGUGAAACCAAGGUGGCUAUCUUGAUUGACAGGCUACACUAAGGUACAAUUCCAAACACCUCAGUAAUCUUACUCGAUCAUUGCUGCAAAGACCCAUUUUUUGCUCUAUCUUAGCUGUAGGUUGGGAAUGACAUUCUGACCUUUCACAUCGAUCC